UGGUACAAAAGAACGAGCAGCGCCCCCUGGAAGACAUCUAUAUCGACACCUUAUAUGGAUGCCGCAGGUGUAGGAAAGAUUAACACUAUCUCCCAGGCAGUGUUUGAGGGCAUGACACCACGUACACAGAAAGAGUGUCUCUCUAUAUCUACCACCGGACCAUGGCCGGGCGGCUGCAAGUGUAACGUCAAUGAAAACUGUAUCAGCAGAGAAUGUUACACCAGUAAAGCUCCUGGUCCUAAUCGUGAUCAACGAAGGUGUGCCACAGAGCGGGUAGAAGGAGUGACAGGACUCGACAUCUUGUAUGAUGACUUCCAUCAGAAGACUAUGGGGAGCAUGCAGGCCAGUGACUUUCGUCGAUCCUGUGGUCAGAACUACUCGUGUCCUGACAAUGAACCAGGGUGUAGCACCAGAUGCUACCUGUUUGACAGUGAUGCGUUUCUGGUGAUGGACCCCGAGUUUGUGGUGGCAAGUGAUCUAGAGGAAAAUAAGUAUGUGCGAGUCCAGCUCGGCACCAAGGAAGGGGAGGUAAUGAAGGACCUCAUCUACAAACACAAGUUUUUUAUCAGGAAGGAGGAUAUUGACUUCCAGGGAUCCUGUCGUAUAACACCUGAAGCUCCAAAGGUGACUUUAGAAGGCAUUCCAAAAAAUCCAGAAAAAAAAGAUGAUUAUACCAAAAAUAAAGGUCCCAUUCCCAAGUUCAACAGUGAGUUUGGAUGUAUACAGGACUUGGUGAGAUACAAGGCCAACAACACAGCACUAGGACCCAGUGGAAUGUUGACGGGUAACGUGUCAGGUCCGUGUAUGUCGGGUUUCUAUUAUGUAAUAGCCUUACCCAAGACCAACCUGUACCUCCUGGUCGUAGAAAACUGGAAUGCCUACAAAGCCACUCUCUUCUACAACUUCAACUGUAAAAUAACCAGAAGUAUAGUGAACUCUGGUGCAUACAGGAUACUCAAUGGAACAUGUGCUCACGAGGACAAGUCUACCAGUACUCUGGCCCAGCAGGGGCGGUGUCCCGCAACCCGCGACCUUGUGCUACCAUGUAAAUUUGUGUCGCGGGCGAGCUCUCUUUCACAGACUUACAUAGCCGUCACUAUAACAAUGGUGUUGGCUUGGCUACAGGCUUCUCUCUUUAGAUAAUACUAGUUCAACACACAGGGAGGCUGCGAUACCCUGUGGUGUGUGGGAGAGUGCUAACAUCGAGUUACAGCCACUUCUGAUGUAGUGGGGGGUCAUAUACAGAGUU